AUGUCUCCUCAUUCUGCUUCAACCACAGUCAACGAGCUCGUAAACGAGUACGCCGACAUCAUCAAGGGAAAAACCAUCCUUACAACCGGUGUAACCCUCAACAGUCUUGGCGGCCUUUUCAUUCAAGAAACAGCUUCCAAGUCUCCAGAACUUCUCAUCCUGGCUGGUCGCAAUGCUUCCAAACUCCAAGAGCUUGCUGAAGCCAUUGCCAAAGACUACCCCAGCGUCAAGACUCGCAACUUGGUUGUAGAUCUCAGCUCUCUGGCUUCAGUACGCAAGGCUGCCGAGGAGGUCAACAGCUGGGAAGACGUGCCCAUCAUUGACAUUUUGGUCAAUAAUGCUGGCAUCAUGGCUGUUCCCUACGCAAAGAGUGUUGAUGGGUUCGAGUCGCAAUUCGCGAUUUGCCAUCUUAGCCAUUUCCUUCUUACAAACCUGAUCAUGGACAAGAUCCUCGCUUCCAAGUCACCCAGAAUUGUCAACGUCUCUAGUAACGGUCACAGUCUUGGUCCCGUCCACUUUGCGGAUCCUCACUUCAGUAACGGCGAGACUUACAACGAAUGGUCUGCCUAUGGACAAGCCAAGACUUCCAAUGCUCUCUUUUCUAUAUCCCUUGCGCAGAAACUGGGAGGCCGCGGUCUACAAUCUUACAGCGUGCACCCAGGGCUCAUCAUGACGACCGGUCUGGGAACCCACUUGGACUUUGCUAGCAUGGAAGGCGACCUCGGAGCUUUCAUCAAAGCCCAUCGAGAACGAGGAAACUCUGAAGGUUGGAAAUUCCCUGACCCUGUUCCCGUCGAAGUUGGCGCUGCUACCCACGCAUUUGCUGCUUUUGGCCCCAACCUCGGAGCAAACAACGGUGCUUAUCUAUUGGAGACCAGAGUCUCGGACCCCUUUGUCGACACCUACAAGUCUUGGGCGCGGGACCCUGUUGACGCUGAGAAGCUUUGGAGAUUGAGCGAAGAACUUGUUGGACAGAAGUUUGGAUACUAA